AUGUCUUGCCCAGCAAUCACGAAGCCUGUCUUUGACCACCACCACAGUGGCCUCGGUGUAGCAACAUCAAGGCCAAGGAUCUCAUGGCGAUUCGAAAGCACCGACGAGACCAUCGCUGGCUGGGUCCAGACUUCUUACGAGAUUGAGAUCAAAUUCGCUUCUGACGAGAAGCCCCAGAGCUUUCCCGAGGUCAGCGACCAAUCUGUGCUUGUGCCAUGGCCAGCAAGAGACCUAUCUUCUCGCGAAGCUGCGAUAGUUCGAGUGCGGGUGUAUGGGAAGAGCCUGGUCGAAGAGUCCUACGCCAAAGAAGAGCCAAGCGCGUGGUCUGAACCAGCAACUGUGGAAGCUGCGUUGCUGAAGAAAGACGACUUCAGAGCCAACUUCAUCACCGCGGCACAGCAAAUUGGACCUUAUGGCUCUUUGAGACCUAUUCGCUUCCGCAAGGAGUUCAUCUUACCCCAGGAGCUCGAUCUCAGAUCCUCUUCAGCUCGAUUGUACAUCACAUCUUUGGGUGUCUUCGAAGCCUGGAUCAACGGGAAGCCAGUCACAGACGAGUGCAUGGCUCCGGGUUGGACCAGCUACAAGCAUCGUCUCGUCUAUCGUAUCCUUGACGUGGAAAGGCUCUUGAUCCCAGGGGGCAAGAAUACGAUCUGCGUCGAGGUUGCGGAGGGGUGGUACGCCGGACGUCUCGGUUUCAAGGGCGGCAUUCGAUUUCGAUAUGGCGACACUCUCGGGCUAUUUGCGCAACUAGAAGUUGACCGAGGGUCUGGUACGCCAUGGAGCCUUCUGUCAGAUGAAUCUUGGUCUUGUGCUCCCAGCGCGCUUGUCAGAAGUGAGAUCUACGAUGGAGAAGUGUACGAUAUGCGGGAAGAGGAGGGGAAUUGGAAGUCCCCGGAAGUGACUCAGACGACAUCGGCCACAAGACUUCUCCCAUGGCCUCAAGCAACAAUGGUAGCACCAGACGCGCCGCCAGUACGAGUCAUUGAGACGAAGCCUUGUGUCAAGGUCUUUCUGAGCGAGACUGGAAAGACAAUUCUAGACUUUGGCCAGAAUCUUGUCGGUAAGCUCCUCGUCAAGUCAGUCCGCCCCCAGGAGGGAGCAGAGAUCACUUUCCGCCACGCCGAAGUGAUGGAAAACGACGAACUAGGCACCAGACCUCUGAGAGAUGCGAAGUGUUGCGAUACUAUCAUUGGAUCAGGGGAGCCUCUUCUCAACUGGUCGCCCAAGUUCACCUUUCACGGCUUCAGAUAUGUCCAAGUCGAUGGUUGGCCUGGCAGUGGUCCAUCCGAAGACGACAUCCAAGCUCUCGUGAUGCACACGGAUAUGAGGCGCAGAGGUUUCUUUGAAUGUUCGAACCCCUACGUCAACCAACUUCACAAGAACGUGGUCUGGUCUAUGCGGGGUAACUUCCUGUCGAUUCCAACGGACUGCCCUCAACGCGACGAAAGACUGGGAUGGACCGGAGACUUGCAGGUAUUUUGUCCUACGGCAACAUUUCUAUACGAUACAUUGGGGAUCCUAGGCAGCUGGCUUGAGGAUGUGGCGGCUGGACAACUGGAAGAAGGCAAGGGAGGAAUUCCUCCUUUGGUUGUUCCUCUGGCCAUUUCUCCUAACUGGCCACACAUCGCUCAGGCUGUAUGGGACGAUGUGACUGUUCUCGCGCCAGACGCGUUAUAUCAAUACAGCUCUGACAAGGGACUGCUUGAGAGGCAGUUUGUCAGCAUGCAAACGUGGCUUGACGAAGGAGUUGAUCGUGCUUGCGACGGUCUUUGGAACCCGGACAAGUGGCAGCUCGCCGACUGGCUUGAUCCAAGCGCACCUCCCGAUGAUCCUGGAAACGGUCGUACUGACGGUAUCCUUGUCGCGAAUGCUUACCUGGUACACACGACCGUGGUCUUCUCGCGCCUCUGUGCGGCGAUCGGAAAGCUUGAUUUGGCUGCCAAGUAUGCUAGUGAUGGCGAGAAGCUGAAACAACUAUUCCAGAGGCGUUACAUUACGCCCGAAGGUAACCUGAUGUCGAGUUCUCAGACUGGGCUGUCCCUUGCAUUUCAGUUUGGCCUGUAUCCCAACGACACAUUACAACGCCAGACUGCGGCAAAGGCUCUUGAGAAGCUGGUACGGACUGCGCGCUUCCACAUCAGUACGGGCUUUGCGGGUACGCCAGUGAUAUCGCAUGCGCUCACAAAGAUCGGACGCCCACAACUGGCAUAUCGUAUGCUUCUAGAGAAAACUUGUCCUAGCUGGCUGUACCCUGUCGUAUCCAAGGGGGCAACAACGAUAUGGGAGCGAUGGGACAGCAUGCUACCGGACGGGCGAAUCAACCCAGGACAGAUGACCAGCUUCAACCAUUACGCCCUUGGCGCAGUAGCAGACUGGCUUCACGGAUCUGUCGGCGGCAUCUCACCCCAAGAGCCGGGUUGGAGAGUGAUUCGUGUGGAACCUGUUCCAGGUGGGAACUUGACGAACGCUACUGUCACUUUUGACGGUCCUUAUGGAAAAGUGGUUUGCGAAUGGGUGCUGGAAGGCACGAAAUUCAACAUGUGGCUAGAAGUGCCGCCAAACUGCUCCGCAGUGGUGUUUCUACCUUCAGGAUUACCAAGGUCCUUUGCCGCGGAGACAUGCCAACAACGUCAUGGACUUGUGGUACAGUCAGGCGUCCACAAGUUUGAGGAUACCUUUGACCCGGGCGAGUGGCCGCCCCUGCCCUUCGUGGCGGCGAACCAGCCUCUGCCACCGAACACAAUCGCGGGCUAG